AUGACGAGGUUCAGCAUACCGUCUAUAUUGGCAUUGCCCCUUCUGGCAGCGGCACAGAGUUACAACCUCACCGCGCUCUUUGCUCCCGUCCUGUCUCCUACAGCUGAGAUAUAUUAUGCCAACGAUAGUAAUUGGACACAAGAGGUCACCCAAAGAUGGAGCACCUGGGAUGCUCCUACAUACCUUGGUGCCAUCAAGCCAGUCACUGAGCGGGAUGUCCAGAACAUAGUCAAAGUCGCGUCUGCGCGUAAUAUCUCGUUUCUUGCCACUGGCGGUGGUCACGGCGUGUCUCAGGGUUUUGCGAAGGUACAAAAUGCCAUUGACAUUGACUUAAGCAAUUUCAAGACGGUUGAUCUUGAUGUGGAGAACAAUCGAGUCACUGUUGGUGGCGGCGCAACUUAUGGUCAACUGUAUGAUCCUCUGUAUAAUGCCGGAAAGGAGAUCCCCACGGGUAAUGCACCAUGCGUAGGCGUGGUUGGAGCCACUGUUGGUGCCGGUGUGGGUUUACUUCAGGGGUUGCAUGGCUAUACCUCCGAUGCUUUGAUUUCAGCACGAAUCGUGACUGCAUCUGGCGUACUGUUUGAGGCGUCGGCAACGAACAAUACCGAACUUUUCUGGGCUAUUCGUGGCGCUGGUGCAAAUUUUGGUAUCAUCACCUCCGCAACUUACAAGGUUUAUGAUGCAACAAAUGCUGGACAGGCACAGAAUGCGGAUUUUCUCUAUCCCGAGAUUUCAAAUCGAACAGUUUGGGGCACUCUUCAAACUUUGGAUGAAACGCUUCCAGCUGAGUUGUCAGUCACAAUCACUUCUGCGUACAACCAGACGUCCGGACAGGCUGCCAUCAUUGUAAAUCUCGUUUAUUUCGGGGCAUAUGAUGACUUCCGGCCAUAUGUUGACCAAUUCGUUGCGAUCAACCCAACACAAUGGCGAAAUGUCACGGCCCCCUGGAAUGAGUUGGUAGAGGCAGCAAAUUUUGGGGCACCAUCACAUGGUUGCGGGACAGAUUCACACAUCAAUUUCUUCAGCAUUGCCUUAAAUCAAACUGAUCCUUUGACAUUCCAAGGGUUUUUCGAUGACCUUAUUCUUUUCUCUCAACAAAAUCCCUCGUACAACGGAGCCUGGGUCAUUGAACGUUAUGGCACACAAGGGCCAUUGGCGAUCCCUGAAGAGAGCCGAGGCGUUUAUCCCUGGCGCGAGGCAAAAAUACAACUUCUUUGGGAAAGCAGUUACCCCGACUCCUCUCUAGAUGAUACCGUGCGCGCCUUCUACACCCAACAACGCCAACACUUUAACGAAUUCAGCGGUUUCCCAACUUUUGCUGCGUACGUCAACUAUGCCCAUGGCGACGAGGGUCCAAAUGUCUGGUAUGGUGACGCAGAUAAUCUCUCCCGUUUGAGCGCAGCCAAACGAAAAUGGGAUUCAAACAAUCUUUUCGGAGCAGCAAAGCCUGUGCCCUUGUGA